AUGACUGGUCGAAAAGGUCGCAUUGUGUGUCGUGAUGACGGAGACGUUGAAUAUGAGCUCAGACAUGCUGGUGCUGAUGUACCGCUUGAAUUAAUGAAUAUGGAUGAAAAGGAUAAAUUUAUGAAGGGUGAAAAGCUGGUUGCCGUGAUCUCUGAGGCCGCUUCCUCUGGUAUCUCACUGCAGUCCGAUCGAAGGGCAAAGAAUCGGCUUCGACGGGUGCAUAUUACGUUAGAGUUGCCAUGGUCUGCUGACAAAGCUAUUCAGCAAUUUGAUGUGAUUAUCGGACCAUUUUCAGGACGAACACAUCGCUCCAACCAAGUGAGUGCUCCGGAAUAUAUAUUUCUGAUAUCGGAACUUGCAGGCGAAAAAAGAUUUGCAUCGAUAGUUGCGAAACGUCUUGAAUCGCUUGGAGCGUUAACGCAUGGUGAUAGGCGUGCAACAGAAUCGCGUGAUUUGAGUCAGUUCAAUUUGGACACGCGAUAUGGCCGAGCAGCUUUGGAUGUGCUUUUGCGAACAAUUACUGGAUCGUUGGAUCCACCUCUCAUACCUCCGCCCAAGAAUUAUAAACCAGGCAAUUUCUUAACUGAUAUGCAGUGUUAUAUGGAAGGUGUUGGUCUGCUUACGUCAGAUGAUGGCAUUUAUGGGAUUGAAAAAGAGUCGGCUACUAUACCUAAAUUCCUGAACCGCAUUCUCGGAUUGCCCGUGCAUGCACAGAAUGCUCUUUUCCAGUACUUCUCGGAUAUUGUUGCUGAAUUAAUUGCGCAAGCAAAGCACGAUGGCACUUAUGACAUGGGCAUAAUGGACAUCGGAACCGGAGGCGAUGAAGCACGCAAAUUGGAAACCCGUGUAUUCACGGGCCGUUAUGAAAGUGGAUUUUUCCGUGUGGAAAUUCACAAAAUUGGCGUAGAACGAGGUGUAUCUUGGGAAGAUGCGUACGCCAUUUGGAAAGAUCAUCACGAGGAUCUGGUAAUUUAA